AUGAUGAAUAUACGGUUCAUUUUGGGUGUUAUUACUUUACUAUCCACGAUAGUUCAUGCACUGUCUACGGGGAAUCAUGGCAUACGUCGUGCCAAAAGACAGUCGACGGACCGACUGGUCUUUGCACACUUUAUGAUUGGAAUCGUCAGCAAUAGAAACAGCGCAUCGGACUACGAUGACGACAUGAAACGGGCUAAGUCUCUGGGCAUUGAUGCAUUUGCUCUGAACAUUGGCACAGAUCCCUAUACUGAUCAACAACUCCAACUUGCAUACGACUCAGCUGCCAACAAUGACAUGAAGGUCUUUCUAUCAUUUGAUUUCAACUGGUGGCAUAUUGAACAGGCCGCCGAAGUUGGCCAGAAGGUUGCCCAGUAUGCUAGCAAACCUGCACAACUUCUCGUCGAUGACAAGGUAUUCGUUUCAUCGUUCGCUGGUGAUGGAAUGGAUGUUUCAGCAAUGCGAGCAGCAGUAGGAAGAUCGGUAUUUUUCGCACCGAAUUUCCACCCAUCAACUGGGACAGAUAUCUCGCCAGUUGACGGCCUCUUGAAUUGGAUGGCGUGGCCAAACAACGGAAAUAACAAAGCCCCAACUGCAGAGCACAGUAUUUCUGUCGCCGACGGGGAUAAGGAAUAUGUCGAUGCUCUUGGCGGGAAGGCUUAUAUUGCCCCUGUUUCCCCGUGGUUUUUCACGCAUUUCGGACCUGAAGUUUCCUAUAGCAAAAACUGGAACUUCCCGUCUGAUCUCCUGUGGUUUAACAGAUGGAAUGAGAUUCUUGAGUUGAAACCGCGAUUUAUCGAGAUUGUGACAUGGAAUGACUAUGGAGAGUCUCAUUAUAUUGGUCCUUUGAGAUCACCGCACACUGACGACGGGGCCUCGAAAUGGGUUAAUGACAUGCCCCACGGAGGAUGGCUGGACAUUUCAAAACCAUACAUCGCCGCGUUCAAAGCAGGCCAGUCGUCUCCAGACAGUCAUAUAUCAUCUGAUGAGUUAGUCUACUGGUACCGACCUGCACCACGUGGGGUGAACUGCGACUCUACAGAUACCUGCAUGGUACCAGCGAACAAUGGCAGUGGAAACUAUUUCAUGGGUCGUCCAGAUGGCUGGGAAUCCAUGGCCGACUCUGUCUUUGUUGUAUCAUUGCUUACAGCCCCAGCCACAGUGCAGGUCAACAGCGGCGGGACUGUCCAUAAUUACGAAGCGCCAGCCGGGGCAAGUGCAAAGGAGGUGCCAAUGGGAGUUGGUGCACAAAGCUUUGAGGUCAAUCGCGACGGCAAGACUAUCCUGUCAGGGACCAGUUUGAAGGAGAUUAUCGACGGGUGCGUGUGUGGUUUGUAUAACUUCAACGCCUAUGUCGGAACGCUUCCAUCAGGAUCCGACGAUGCCCUCCAGCCAGAAGGGCUCUCUGCCUUUACACAGGGCCUGCGUGUUCAGACAUGUCAACCUACCCCCUCGUUAGGUACAGUACCCCCGGCUGCUCCAUCUCCAAGUAAGAGCACCGUAUUGCCAAGUUCUCCUCCUAGCACAACAAAAGCCCCUGGGCCAUGCUCUGCUAUUCCGUCGACUGUCGUCGUCACUGUGACAGUUACCCAGGCUAUGACUCCGCCAAAUUCACCUCCAAGCCGAACUUGCGGCGGGGGCGGUGGUGGAGGUGGUAACGGCGGAGGUGGAACUGGCAAUGGAAACGCUGGAGGAGGAGGUGGCGGCGGCGGGGGCGGAGGAGGAGGGGGUGUGGGUUGUGUUCGUUUUGUUGCAGCUAUGGUUAUUGUCCACCUGGACCCUGCACUUGUACGCAGUAUGGAAUCCCAGUCCCGCUUCCACCAUCAACUGGAGCUCGUGGGGCGCCUCUUAUCGGCGAAGACGACUCGUAUCUGGGUCUUUGCAGUUUUGCAUGUGAUCAUGGAUAUUGUCCCCCUACAGCCUGCAGAAUAA